AUGUUUGUCGACUUAUGGUUAAAUUUCUGUUGUGCAAGAAAGCCGAAGCAGGAAGCACAAGAUCAACCUAUAAGUGUAAAGGAGGAUUCCAAUAAACCAAUACUUGAUACAGGGUAAGUAUAUGCGCCAUCUCCUGUUGAGCAGAAAGCUCUACAGUCUACAUCUUAGGAGUUACGGCAGAAGUUAUAGGAAGCUUAGGAGAAACGGCAGCAAUAGUAGUAGCCGCAAUAGCAGAACCACUUCCAGAAUAUGAUAAAUAAAGGGGCAGUAAAAACAUCAAUUGAAAUGGAAGUGGAACCUGUGGAAGGAUUUCUCUCAUUAUCUGAUAAUAAAUCCAAUAAGAUGGCGAGCUGGGAAGCGUUGGAACUCUCAAGAUAAAAUGAUGUUUUAGGAUAACUAGCACAGUUCUCAAUCUUAGCUAAGUCUGUAUCCUCUAACAACGGUCCAUAUUAAGGAAGUAAUCCAGGAAGUUAGCCAGCGUCUGAUUAAUAGAUUAUGUCUGGACCCUAUCCAUAGUAAAAUAUUCAAAAUCUUGCUUAAACUGCAUAAUUGGAUGUAAUAGAGGAGUACCCAAAAAAAUCAAUGAUGAAAUCACAAAGCCAAAUAUCACUUGAAACUGGAAAAAUUGAGAAAAAACGAAUCACAAAAGAUAAAAAGCAUCAGAAGGAGAAAGCACAUAAAGGAUCAGCCAAUGAUAACUUAUCAAAAAAAGAAGUCACUCACGCAAAACUUUGGGAUAAGAACGAGGAUGCUAUCUUGAGACAGGCCUACAUAAACUUUAAUGGAAAUUGGAGAAAGAUAGCAGAGCAAUUACCAGGAAGAAAUAUGAAUUAGUGUUCAUAAAGAUGGAGAAGGUUGAAUCCUUAAGAGAAUAAUAAGAAGAAAUGGGAAUUCGAGGAUGAUUAAAAAAUUAUCUAACUUGUCAAACAGUACGAUAAAAAUUGGGCAGAAAUAGCAAAACAUUUACCAGGUAAAAGUGGAAAGCAAAUAAGGGAAAGAUAUCUAAAUAAAUUAGAUCCAUCAAUCAAUACAGCUUCUUGGACCAAAGAAGAAGAUGACAUUAUUUUGAAGGUUUACAAAUAACAUGGACCUAAGUGGAGUAUCGCUUCAAAAUAAUUGAAAGGAAGACCAGAAAAUACUGUAAAAAACAGAUUUUAUUCAUACAUCAGAAGAGUCUUUUUGGGUCAGUAGAACCCAUAUUCAGUCGUUUUAAAUAAUGGGGACAUUAGCGGCAUUGAAAAUACAUUGUCCCAAGAUAGUGAAUCCAUUAAAUAACCUUUAUCAAUGGACUAAACUCCUUCAUUCACUGCUUCUUCCUACUUAAGUUCUUUUAUGGAUGAUGACUACAUGGAAGAUGAAGAUGAACCAAAUGAAUAAGAAGAUCAGUUUAAAAUUUGA